GCCGAACUUUGAGCUGCCCAGGAAAGCCAUUGCCGCAAACCUCUGCCGGACCCGACGACGUUCGGCACAACCGACACGGAUCGACAGCUCAGAUCUGCAUUGCUCUCUAAUCCUGCCCACUGGUCCUGGGGACAGACUGUGCUGACUUUUAGGCAAGCUGAGAUCUCGCUUAGUAAGGUUGAUUGGCGGGUGUCGGGUGUCCAGUGGCAUAGCGUAGCUCCACCCCUUGCCCUUUGACCCGGCGAGAUGAGGGUGGAGCCUGAGCUGCAGCUGGGCUCCAGAGCCGCGGGAGGCGCUGAUUCUGCAAGGCAUUUCCUCCUCUCUGCACCGAGCCUGGAGAACCGCAUCCUGGCCCAGGCCUCCUCCAUCCUCCCCCACGCCCCCAGCCACUCUGCUCCAUCAUGGGCCAAAGAAAGCACCUCCCCCUCCCUCCGGCCCUCACAGCUCUCCUCCACCAGCACCUCCCUGCCGCUCUCCUCCUCCCUCCUCUCCUCCUCCAUACAGUCCUCGCCCCUUCUGCACACCCAGAAUCGCCUCCUCCAGAUGGCGCUGCUCCCUCCCCCGGCCACGCUGGCGCCCCCUGCUGCUCUCCUGGGGCCCCCUGCUGCUCUCCUGGGGCCCCCUGCUGCUCUCCUGGGGCCCCCUGCUGCUCUCCUGGGGCCCCCCCGGUCCCAGCCGCCAACAGGAGAGAAGCUGCAGGGAGGGCUGCUGGAUUCAGAGCAUCUUCCAUCUCCCAGUCAGGCCUGGAGUCAGGUCUCAGAGCAGAGCAGCUGGGCUGAUCAGGACCCGGAUGUGGUGUCCUCAGAGAUGCCUGUCCCAGACCUGCACGUGGACGAGGCAGAGGAUGAGGUGUCACUAAUGCAGGAUGAAGAGUUUGAUGAGGUAGAGAAGAGGAGCGAUGAAGAGGAAGAAGCACUGAAGGAUAAAAAGUACCUGCUGCUGAAUGCGGUGUGCAGCUCGCUGGUGGGUAAGCUGACCCCUCCAGGCCAGGACGGCUGGGACCAGCAGGACAGCCAGUGGACGAGGGUGAAGAAUCUGGUGCAGGACGUGUCCCUGAGGGAUCCCGAGUUCAUCCUGAAGGUGGCAGUGUACACCAGACAGGACCUGAACAUCCGUAUCACAGCAAACUUCCUGCUGGCGCUGGCAGCCCACCUGCCUGCCACCCGGCCUCACCUGCGCAGGUACUUCUGCGCAGCAGUGCAGCUGCCCUCUGAUUGGCUGGAGGUGGCGAGGCUCUACAGCCAGUGUUUUGGCUGCAGUCUCCCCUCCUGUCUAAAGAAAUCCCUGACUGAGAAGUUCAGGCACUUCAGCGAGUACCAGCUGGCCAAGUACAACACACGCAAGCAGAGGUGCAAACAUAACCACACCCGAGCCAAGAAGCAGAAACCCACUCCUCUGCAGUGGGGAAAGUGGGCCAGCAUCCUCAGAAGUGAUCCAGACAUACUGCAGAAAUACUUGAAGGCACAGCAGCACAGUGUGGUACAGAAGAGAGCGGAUGUGUUCAGUCUGAAGAAGAUGGUCCAGCGCCUGCACAUCCGACAACCAGCAGAGCAUGUGAUGGCCAUACUGCAGAAGAGGUACCCUGUGGAUGUGCAGGCCUUCGGGCGCAGUGGGCUGAGUGGGGCGUGGCAGAGGGAGCGGGCGGGGCAGCGCAUGAAGCUGGCGCAACCCGACACCUGGGAACGCCAACUCAGCCAGCAAGGGAACCACGCCCACACCUGGGAAGGGCUCAUAGACAGGAAGUCGCUGCCCUUCAUGGCCAUGCUGAGGAACCUGAGGAGCAUGAUCAUGCAGGGAAUCAGCGAAAAGCAUCACCAGCAGGUCCUCGCCAGGCUGACCAAUCGUGACUCAGUGAUCCGAAGCAGACAGUUUCCAUUUCGCUUCCUGUCUGCCUACAAGGUGAUUCUGGAGCUGGGUAACCUAGUGAAAGAGGUCCCCAGUUCGAAGGAGACCCUGCAGCGUGUGCUACAGCGGCUGCCAAGGCAGAAGAGGUACCACAGUUUGGACUGGCAGACGGUGGGGCGCAAGCGGCUGAGAGUGGCGCUGGGGGUGCCCUUCAUCUCCCGAAUAUUCAACAUGAAGAGGAGGCAGCAGCAGAAAGCCAGUCACAGGCCGUUCUCGGCCGAGCUGUUGGGCCGGUACCAGCAGGCGCUGGAGAGAGCGAUUCAGAUCUCCUGCCGCUACAACGUGCCCCCCCUCGCGGGCCGCACCCUGGUGCUGUGUGAUGUGACGAUGACGGAGGAUCUCCCCUUCAGCAACGGCCUGGACUUCUGCUGCCCCCCCGAUCCUGACGCCCAGUCAGAGGAUACGUCUGAGUCCAGCUCUCUCACCCCCACAGUCCAGGAAGUGGCAGUGUUGUUGGGAUUGAUGAUAGCCUAUUGCAGUGAGCAUGCCCAGCUGGUCCUCUACGACUAUUGCAUUUGCAAAGAGGUGGAGCUCAAACCUGACAACCUGCUGGAUAAUGUGAGGCACGUGAUGAAGCAGAUAAAGAAUUUUCGCCGCAGUGAUGAUAACACGGAUGGUUUGUCACAGUUCUUCGCUGACCUGAGCUCCCAGACAACCAAGGUGAACACGGUGGUGUGUCUGGGAGAUCGAGACUGGAACAGUCUCCCAGAUUGGCACAUUGAUACAUACCGCAGGAACACCAACACUGACACCCUGGUGGUCAACGUUCACCUCAACACAAGGCAACCUGGCAUUGUAAACUCUUUAAACACGGACAGGAACUGUGUGGAGGUUCAUGGUUUCAGUGAGCAGAUCCUCAGGUUUGUGGCAGAGAGAGGUUCUUUCAGACUGCUGGAUCACGUGGAGCACAUGGACAAGCUGCAUGGCAUCCCCCCACCAGAUGGCGCUAAAGAUCAGAACGGCAGUGUCCCUGUGGCCUGCCCUCUGCCUGCUGCCCCAAAACUGAGGUGGCGGGCGGUGCGGGUGUUUGUAUCGUCCACCUUCAGGGACAUGCACGGGGAGAGAGACGUGCUGGUGCGCAGCGUCUUCCCGGAGCUGCGGCGCCGCGCGGCUCCACACUGCCUCUACCUGCAGGAGGUGGAGCUGCGCUGGGGCGUGACGGAGGAGGAGGCCGGCCGCGCCCUCCAGCUCUGCCUGUCUGAGGUGUGCCGCAGCCAGCUGCUGCUCGGCAUUCUGGGAGAGAGGUACGGAAUGGUGCCCCCCCGACCCACGCUGCCAGACCUCCCACAGUACCAAUGGCUAAGCUCCGCCCCUCCAGAGCUGUCCAUCACAGAAAUGGAGAUUCGGCAGUUCCAGGCUCUUCACCCAGAUUCUGCUCAGAGCCGCAUGUUCUUCUACUUCAGAUCACCUCACGUGGUCAGGUCUGUCCCAGUUGCAUGGAGGGUUGACUUUGCAUCAGAGUCACAGGAGGCGGAGUCUAAGAUGGCAGACCUGAGAAGCAGAAUCCUGAGAAGUGGAGUCAAAGUCACCAAAGAUUACCCGUGUGAGUGGGGAGGUGUGGACGAUGGGAAGCCCUAUGUGAAGGGGCUGGAGGCGUUUGGGAAAGCGGUGCUGGAGGACCUCUGGGGGGCGCUGCUGAGGCUGUAUGUGGAGGAAGCGGAAAGCACAGAGGCGGAGUCGGAGGUCACAGAACAGGAAGUGUACCAGGAUGCUCAGCAGAGACAGUGUCAUGGGCGGGACAAGCUGGUUUCCGCGGCUACAGCAGCAGUGCAUGACUGUCAGCGCAGAGGAGGGGGGCAGCUGCUGGUGCAGGGGGGUCCUGGAGAGGGCAAGACCGUCUUCAUGGCUGCAUUGGCUCAUGCUCUGAGGAAUCCUGACAAAUCCCAGAAAACCCCUGGCUGUGAUGUCAUCUCCUACUUCACUGCUGCCAGCCAAACAGCACGCAGGGUGGAGCAGCUCCUGCGCUACCUCAUUCGCUGCCUGUGGAGGAGGGUGGGGAAGGAGGAGGAGCCUCUCCCCACAGCCUAUCAAGACCUGUUGGCUGAAUUCCACACCCAGCUGAGAACCCUGAGUGAGGUCAGGAAGAACGAAUCACUGGCUCUGCUAAUCGAUGGGGUGGAGCUUGUGCAGGAUGCCAGAGGCCAGCCGAGCUCUGAUUGGAUACCAAAGCACUUCCCUCCGGGUGUAUCGGUGGUGCUCAGUGUCAGCUCCAGCUCAGCCCUCCAGCAGACCCUGGCCAAGAUGAAAGGUUCCACAGUGUUUCCACUGGGACUGCUUUCCCUGCCGGACAGGAAGGAGAUAGUUCAGAGAGAGCUGGCUGCGUAUGGGAAGAAACUGAGUGAUUCUGCUUUUAACAACCAGAUACAGACACUGAUAAUGAAGAAAGGGGCUGUUAGUCCUCUCUACCUGCGUCUGGCCUGCAAGGAGCUAAGGAGCUUCGCCAUCUUUGAAAAGAUGAAGGACAGUCUGCAGUCACUCCCUGCGUCUCUGGGGCAGCUGGUUGAGCUCGGUCUGCGCAGACUGCAGUCCCAACACAGAGGCCUGCACUGGGCCAUGGCUGCACUGACUGCCAGCCACACCGGGCUGAGAGAGAGAGACCUCUACGCCCUACUAAGCAUGUGCAGUCAGCUCUCCUCGGGAAGCGGGAUGGUCACAUGGCAGGACAUGCUGCAGCUGGCGAGAACCCCACAGAAGCGCAUUCCCAUGGCAACCUUCGGCCAGCUGCUGCAGAGUCUGCAGAGCCUGAUUGGCCAGAACUACUCUCAAGGCCCGGACGACCGGCUCACUCUGACCAAUCCUGAGGUGAGAUUGGCCUUCAAGCAGCUCUUCCUGUCAGGAGAGGCUGACAAGACCAGAGCACACCACUUACUGGCAGCGUAUCUCUGGGCCCUCUCCGAUCCUCAGGGGAAGGACACGUUUCUUCACUGUGAGACCGAUGCUGUCCUGCACCUGCCCUCCCAUCUGAUGGGCAGUGGCCAAUGGGAGGCUCUGAGCUUCCUGCUCUCCAGUUUCCACUUCCUGUACGCCAAUGUGAGGCACGGUCUCCUGCACCACCUCCUGGAGACGUACAGCCUGUUCGAAAAGUCCCAGAAUCUGUCCUCCACGGCGACAGCAGACGCUGGCAGGCUGGGGGAGUGUCGAAGCUUCCUGCAACGCUACGCCUCCCUCCUCUCCCAUUGGCCAGCUCUCUUUGUGCAGCAGGCCCUUAAUGAGCCGGAGGGAGGGGCUGCCCACGCCUGGGCCCAGGGCAUUGUGGGAAAAGGUGGAUCUGGAGGGGUGUGUGUGAUGCGGUGGCUGAAUAAACCAGAGCAGGUGCAGACGGAGGCCAGUGAGAGGGUCUCCACCUUCCACUCCAAGCCCACCUGUGUGGCCGUGAGUCCAGGGGGCGGAGUCACUGUCGUGGGCACAGGGCGGGGCUGGCUGCACCUCCUCCACAGCGAGACUGGACAGGAAGUGAGGUCAUUGGUGAGCAGUUGUGAUGGCAUCUCUGGGUGUGUCUUCCUGGGGGAGAGUCUUGUGGCGUCCACCUCAUUUGACGGACAGCUGGAGGUGUGGGACACCGAGAGUGGCUGCAGGACGACCCAUGUGGAUGCCCACUCCAACAGGAUCACAGGAAGUGAUGUCAGCAGAGACAGGAAGUAUUUGGCCACAGUGUCCCUGGAUUUCAGUCUGAAGCUGUGGUUGUCUCCAGACUGCAGCCCGGUAGCCACCCUGCCUCAUCCCUGCCCUCUGAACUGCGUGACCUUUCACUCCGAGGGUCAGCUGCUGGCCGUGGGGGGUUGGGAUGGGGGAAUCCGUCUGUGGAACUGUGUGCGUAUGGAGAGAGUGGCGACUCUGGCGGGACACCCCCAGUCCGUGCGCAGCCUCUUGUUCUGCCCAUCCGGCCUCCUCACCUCCGGCUGCCUGUCUGGGGAGGUCAGACUGUGGUCAGUUCCAGCCCAGGCCUGUGUGGGGCGCUAUGAUGCGCAUCAAGGAUCUGCAGAACUGCUGAGCUUCAUAGAGGGAGGAGACCUGCUGAUGACUGCUGGAUCUGACAGUGUGGUGCAGCUGUGGUCGGGUGGUCUUGGGCAGGCCGUGGCUCUGCUGGGAAGAGAUGAGAAGCCAACAGCAGGGAACCCAGCACUUUGUGUCGCAGUUGCCGAGGGUUACGCAGCUGUGGGUUACCAUGGUGAUGGUCUGAUGCUGUAUAGUGUAGAAUCAGGGGAGCGGCGUUGGGUCAGUGAGAACCUCAGAGUGUCUGUGCAGUGCCUGAUCUGGAUCCCGACAGUGACGCUGUCAGGGGCGGAGACCGGGGCGGUGAGAGGGGCGGGGCUGCUGGUGUCCGGAGGCGGAGACCAGCGCCUGAGGGUGUGGAGAAUGCAGAAGGAAGGGAUGGAGCUGAAGGGGAGCUUUGGGGUUCAGCAGGGCCCCAUCCUCGCCCUGGCUCUGUCCUCCUCUCUCCUGGCCUCUGCAUCAGAGGACUUCACCAUCGCUCUGUGGUCACUGCAGGACUUCACCUCUGACCCCUGUGGUGACCCCAGCCUGAUCUCACUCCUCAGGGGUCACAGUGGGGGGGUGACGUGUCUGUCCUUCAGUCCCAGUGGGGAGGAGCUGCUGUCUGGGGGCAAGGACCGGGCCCUGCUGGUGUGGCGGGUCCAGCCCUCUCCCCCCUCCCUCUCGCAGUCCCUCCUCCACUGCCAUAGAGACUGGGUCACUGGCUGUGUUUGGACAACACACACCGUGGUGAGCUGCUCCACUGACGGGAUGGUGUGUGUGUGGGACCUGGCGACAGGCUGCUGCGUCAGAGAGAUCCUGAGCUCCACGCCCCUGAGCUCUGUCUGCAGUGUGGGGAAGCAUGUGAUGGCAGGCACAGGAGGCGGGGAGCUGCUGGUGUGGGAGUGGCAGUCAGGGGUGCAGAUCACCAGAAUCCCCGCCCACCACGCCCCAGUCCAGCACUGCAGCAUCCUGCCACACACAGGUGUGGAAGAGAGCCAGGAAGUCAGGCAGAAGGAUGUGAUGGUAGUCACAGCGUCUGAUGAUGGAACAGUGAAGUUGUGGCGGCCAUUUGAGGUGCACCAUCACAGCACUCUUCCAGGUCACAGCGGAGGGAUACAAGGUUUAGCCGUCAGGGAGAAAGGUGUCCCAGCAUUCCUCACUGUUUCUGAAGAUUGCUCUUUAAGGUCCUGGAGCCUGGACCAGGCAAUGGAGAGUCCUCCUGGCCAGAGGGGUGCCGUCAGGGCCUUGUGCUACUUCCCGUGUGGGCAGGUGGUGGUGUCUGGCACUGACUGCGGAAGAAUGGAGGUGUGGAGAGGGAACUCUGUGGUGUGCUGGCAACAGGUGAGUGGCGGUGCGGUCACAGCGCUGGCCUGCAUGCCGGAGGGGCAGUUCGCUGUGGGAUGCAGAGACUGCUCUGUGUCUGUGUGGAGACUGGACUGGAACCUGCAGCAAACCACUGCACAGUUGUGUAAGGUGUCCUCCUACACGCUGAAGUCCCCUGUGAAGUUCCUCCUCUUCUGCUCCAUCUUGCUGGGUGUCUGUGAGGAUGAAACCAUCCUUGAUGUCACACUGGAUGAAGACGAUAGCGCAAGAAUCAGCUGGCGGGAGCACAGCGUCCGCACCCUGAGUCUGAAACCCAAUGACGAGAAGAGCACCUGGCUGCUGGGAGAGGAGAAGGAGGGGCGGAUGGAACUGGCCUUCGCUUUUGCCCUGGGUCCCGGUUCUGAGCUGUCCAGGUCAUUCAGUAGCUCUUCUCUAGAUAUGAGAGAGACAAACGAAAACCCAGAGAGGAAACACAAGAAAGCCUGGAUCUCAGCGGCCGCUAUUGACAGAGAGUUUGUGGUGUGCGGUGAUUCCAUGGGGAACAUGUGGUUCAACCAGCCGCCGAAUCUCAGCACCUGGAGCAGCAAGAAACCGGCACACGCUGGAUGGGUCAGUGUUUUGAGGAUUACAGACGACACCAUCAUCUCCGCCUCCCACGACAGGAGCGUCAAACUGUGGGACCGACAAACCAAGAAGCAGGUGGGCAUGUUUUCGUGUGCUGCCCCCGUCGUCAGUCUGGAGGUGAACCCCUGCCGCCCCUCAGAGCUGGUGUGUGGAGACACGCUGGGAGGCAUCUACUUCCUAACAUGGAGGAGCUGACCCUUAACUACAGAAACCCAGAGAGAGAAAGACACUCAACAGACUGCUCACACACACACACACACACUCUCACACACACAC